AUGCCAACCGGCAAAAUCGCCGACCAAGAGUACAGUCUCCAUAGAGUCCACGAGCCCCCAAACCCUUCAGUCGACAUUGUUUUGAUCCACGGGCUUGGAGGUGGGAGUCGCCACACCUGGGGCCGCCAUACUGCUGCCGACAGCGACGGCGGCCCAAACCCCGACAGCGACGAUGAAGCACCAUUCUGGCCAGGCCAGUUUCUCGCCAAGGACGAUGAUUUCGAACCAAACACCGCAAUUAGCACAUUUGGCUAUCCCUCCAGAUGGACCACCCCCGAGGACAGCUUCCGCAACAUCGAGGGCUUUGCGAAUAACCUCCUAGUCGAUUUGCGCGACGAUCCACGGAUCAGAGAAUCCAAUACCGGCAUCAUUCUCGUUGGACAUAGUAUGGGCGGCCUCGUCGCGAAACAGGUCUACGUCUCCGCACAAACUCUCGUGGGCGACCUCGCCGAUCGCAUCUACGCCAUCUUCUUCCUCGGCACGCCGCACAGAGGCGCGAAACUGGCUACUUCGCUCAAGUUCAUCCUCCGUCUCUUUCGAGUGCGAAAACCGUUCGUCGACGACUUGAUCCCGAACUCGCGCGGACUACAACAGCUCUACAAUGCCUUCCUCAAAGUGGCCUGCAACAAUAAGGGCCUGUACAUCCAUACCAUCCUCGAAUCGCGCAAGCUGCGUUUAUUCGGCCCGAUCGGGACUCUGGUGGUUGACAAGGAAUCGGCGGUGUUGCACUGGCAGAACGAGACGAAAUACGAAUUUAAUAAAGACCACCGAGAGCUGUGCAAGUUCCGGAACCAGGAAGACCCAGAUUACCGUGCUUUGCGCAAAGCUCUGCGGAGAACAGCGCAGGAAAUUCGCAAAGCACGGCCUCCCGUUGAAAUCUGUACAGACCUGCAGGAGUUUCUCGGCGCAGAUCAGUCGUAUGAACAGGAAAGGGUUACCAAGACAAACGAACGAGAAGAAGGCACAUGCUCCUGGCUUGGACAGAGUGACGAUUUUAAGAGGUGGCGAGCGGCAUCGGUUGAAGAUGCACCAGCCCUACUUUGGCUCACAGGCAAGGUGGGCGCGGGCAAAUCCGUCCUCUCAGCGUACGCAACCACCCUACUCCGCAACGACGAGGGCUGUUGUGUCAGCUAUUUCUUCUACAAGCACGGCGUUUCGAAACGAUCUACCGUGGCGGAUUGCUUGCGCUCUCUGGCCUACCAAAUGGCCCUCGGUGAUAAUACUGUGAGAGCCAGGCUUCGAACGCUAAUACACGAUCGUUCGGUGGCUCGGAAUCCCAUCGAUGGCCACCUCGUCUGGCCGGACAUCUUCGAGAAGGGCAUCUUUGCACGGUCAGAUGCUGAUUCGGGCCCACGGCACAUAUGGAUCAUUGAUGGCCUUGACGAGUGCUCCGAUGUGGACCGCUGGAUGAAACUCCUUCCACUCUGCGUGAAUCAUGUGCGCAUCUUCGUCUCGAGUCUAAGCGAGGGCGUGCUUGCUGGACAUAUCAAUACAAUCAGUGCCCGGUUACAACAUCGCCUCUGCCGCAUCGAGCUCCUAAAAUCCGACAAGAUAGAGUCCGACAUACGCGCUUACGUUUACAAGAGGUUGGAGGCCGUACCACGGGCUCCAUCGACGAUGCGAUUGCUGGAGAGGAUUUCGACCCUGGCCGACGGAUGUUUCCUCUGGGCUAAGCUAGUACUUGACGAAAUCGACUUCGAUGCCCCGACGGUUGAGAGCAUAGAAAAAAUUCUCACCAGUACCCAUCCGGGCCUUAACGAGAGGUACACUCGAAUGACGCAGGCCAUUCUUAGGAAACCAAACUACGCCGAGCUCGCAAAGUCCGCAUUUCGCUGGAUCGUGCUGGCGCCACGAUAUUUAACUAUCGACGAGCUCUCCCAGGCUGUUCAUCUCGAUCUCAAUGUCACUCCACUAGAUCUUGGUCGCGAGUUCGAUAUGGUCUGUGGCCAGAUGGCAUUCUUGGACAAUCAAUCGAGGGUUAGGAUGAUCCACGGAUCGGCACGAGAGUAUUUAAUGACAGAGCACGUGGAUCCACGCUUUCGCAUCAAGAAAGCGGAAGAUCAUGGUGAAUUAGCCCUUGCUUGUCUACGGUAUCUUUCCGGGGACAUCCUCAGCAUUCACAGGAGACCGGCACGACUAGCCUUGGCAUCUUCUAGGGCGGCGGACGUAGCUGGCUCUGGGGUCUUCCUAGACUACGCGAUGACGAACUUCUCCUUCCACCUGCGACAAGCGUCAUCGGCGCGUGAUGACCUGACGGAAGCGUUGUGUAAAUUUUUCGAGACAAACGUCCUCUCGUGGAUCGAACGUCUCGCCGAGACGGGAAACUUACAUGUCAUUCCCGAGACGGCGGCAAACAUCAGAAACUACUUGGGUCGGAGGGCUAAUCACCACGCUCCCUGCACCAGAGAGAUGGGUACUCUCGGGCGCUGGGUCACGGAUCUCAUCCGCGUCCAAGCAAAGUUCCGUGACAAGCUAAUGAAGAAACCGUGGGCGAUUCGGACGAUGAUACCAGCCAUGUGUCCGACAUCCUCGGCUAUAUGGAGCUCCAUUUCGAAAGCGCCGCGUCCCUUUGUGGUUACGGGUGACGUCGAAGAACACUGGGACGAUUGUCUUUUCCAGCGAGUAUAUCACGACCAGGAAGUUUUGGCCGUGGCGCAUGGCCGUCGCUUCUUUGCCGUUGCCAUUUGGAGACGUCAAGUGAUCAUAUACGAUGCCACUUCGAUACAGCAACUGGCUAUACUCAGUACAGAAGAAGUCAUCGACACACUCGUGAUCAGUGAUGAUGACCGAUACCUGGUUGCCGCAAGCCCUAGGAAGAUUCAGGUUUGGGAUGUAACCGGACAGGUUCGAGUAGCCUUUCUUAAAUUGCUGUACAGCCAAUUCUUUAUCUGCUUCGCUGAUGAACCCCACACGCUCUGCUACAUUACCCGGGAGAGUGCCACGGUGUUUUGGGAUUUCCUGGAGGAUACCAAUCGCUCGAUGGACUGGCUCGACAACUCAAAAGACGGGAUACGGCUCCCGGAAUUCAAAAAGCGACCUUUGCGGGGAGCCGUCUCGAUCGAUCAUGACCUCGUUGCAAUCAGUUUCGCAGUUGAACCUAUUCACCUCCUAAGCUUGUCGACAGGGAAGCUGCUCGAAACAGUUGACAGAGCCAAGGGCAAGGGUGCGCGUUCCGAGACAUUUGUGUUAGAGUUCAAUCCCAACCCUGAUUUGCACGCCCUUGUCGUUUCGUACGAGACCGGCGGUGCACUUUGCGUUUACGACAUCGAAAGGUUAACACUCAAAUACCAAAAUGAUGGCGUAAAUGCUAGGGUUCUCGCCUUUUCAUCUGAUGGGCUUACCCUCGCUACCGGAGGUAACCACGGGCGCCUUUGCAUUUUCGAUUGCGACGUUCCGGAUGGCGCUUCCUCGCUUCCCAUGAUAUUCCAGGUCAAAAUCUUUACGAUGAACAUGAGAGGCUUGGCGUUCAGCGAUGACAACCUCGGAAUUCUCGAAAUAGGUAUGGACUACUGCCACUUCUGGGACCCGCCAGUGCUGGUGAGAAAUACCAUGACCGAUAGCCAAAGCGACCUGAGUCGGCCGGUGAAGCUCUCUCCAGUGGAGGGCUCGAGCAUGGUGUCGUCGCGAGCACCACGAGUUACGACAAUAGCCUGUUCCUCUUCGGCAUCACACAUCCUCGUCGGGAAGGACACGCGAGAAAUCUACGUUUACCCCUUGACCGGAAAGGACGGGAAACUCUUGUAUAAACAUAAAGGAUCUAUCCGUGCGAUAAAAAUGAGCCUCAGCGGCAAGGUUGCCGUAUCCGCGGAUAACAGCGCCAAUAUUGUCGUCAUGUCUCUAAAGAGCAACGGGGCGGAAGCUUCCGGAUUAGCUAUUGACGUCCUGAUAGACAGGGUGUACGGCGAAUCGGUUAGCGACGUUCUAUUGAACAAAGAAGGUACGCGCCUUUUCGUAUGUGGCGUCGAGGGUACCAGUGAGCUGUGGGACGUCCCGGCCGGCAGAGUUCUCCGCACUUUCAAACUCCAAGACAAAUCGGGAUGGAAAACGCUUUUCAAUCUCGGCGACUGCACCGCCCAGUUCAUGAUUAAGACGCAGGCAGGACCCGUGAAGGUGUUUACUUGGUCGGACCUGAGAGAGGUGGUGGUUUCGGAGCAGACCCUUGAUACAGUGGCCGCGGUUAAUAUCGCUUCGAAGAAUGCGAGUAACCUGGCUGAGACGUUGGACAUACUCACGCUCCUGUCCGUCUCCGGAUCCACCAUUCUAUUUCUCGACGCGGAGAUGUGGGUUUGCAGUGUCACUGUCAACCCAGACACGACGAAUCUGCUUGCCGUCAAACGUCUGUUCUUUAUUCCGCCGCGGUGGACCGACUGGGACAAUGAGGUUUUAUUCAGUGUAGCGCCUAGUCGACGGUUUGUGCUUUCGACGCAGCGGGGGAUAGUCGUCAUUCAAUGUCCUCGGGAUUUGCAGGAUUGA